AUGUGUGCCAGGGAAGUAGACUACCGGGGUGGGGCGAGGGGUAGACAGGUGGAGGGAUCAGAUUAUGCAGAAGCUUGUAAUGAGAUAAUGAGCAACGGCGCGCUGAGCGCGUGCGCGGCGCAGGGCGGACUUGACAAGGAUGGCAAGAAGAAGCACACACGACCCACCUUCAGUGGGCAGCAGAUCUUCGCGCUGGAGAAGACCUUUGAACAGACCAAGUACCUGGCCGGACCAGAGCGCGCGAAGCUAGCAUACGCGCUCGGCAUGACUGAGUCACAGGUUAAGGUACAUCAUUCAUUAAUCCAAGAACUCCAAAGACAAAAGAAUAACCUUCAGACUGAACUCACUGACGCCCAAAGAAGACUAGAUGCGUUGGAAAAAUCUUCACGAAGUCUUAAUGUCGAGAUCCAAUUAGUUCCAGAUAAUCGCAACGAGAACAUCCUCUCCACUGUAAAGCAAAUUAUCUCUGUUAUACAAGCUCCUGUUGACGAAGUGUUAAUGGUGGACUGUAUAUUUAAAUGA